AUGGACAAAAUGGCUGCUUUGCCAGUGCCCACGGGCAAGAUGGCCGCCUCUGCGGUGCUGAAGGUUGUAGGGGGCGUUCCAGCCACUGAGUCCGCUCCAGAGACCGCUCCAGCUGGUGAACCAUCGCCUCACUCUCAGAGGAGGAGGAGGAGGAGGAGGAGGAGGAAGAAGAAGACGUCCUCCUCUCCUCAAGACGCAGACGCCCUUCAAGAGGCCGCUGUGGGCCUGGAGACCACUCCAGAGGUCUCUCCUGCUCCGCCCAAGCGUCAUGCUCUACCAGCACCGCCUAAGCGUCUUGCCCUGCUGGCGCCUACUGAGCUCCUCGCUCUGCCGGUGCCACCUGUGCUUCUCGCCCUGCCGGCGCCACCUGGGCUCCUCGCCUUGCCGGCGCCACCUGAGCUCCUCGCCCUGCCGGCUUCACCCACACGCCUGGCCCUGCCAGCGCCACCCAAGCUCCCUGCGCUGCCAGCACCACUCAGGCGUCUUGCCCUGCCGGCUUCACCCACACGCCUGGCCCUGCCGGCGCCACCCGAACUCCUUGCCCACGAACCUGUUUUCAGCAUCUUUUUGUCACAUUUUCCAGGAAAUUUGGCACUAAGAAGAAACGUCACACAGUCAUCGACAUACGGCAUCUGGUUUGCUGAAAAGGCUGUUGACGGUAAACCGGGUCUGGUGAAGUCGUGGUCCGCGUGCUCGUCAACUACUAAUCAGACUAACCCGUGGUGGAGGCUGGAUCUGCGUGAUACUUACAGAGUUACUAGAGUGAUCGUUACUAACAUAAACGAAUGCUGUGCAGAACGAAUAAACGGAGCGGAGAUUCGCAUCGGAAACUCUUUGGAGAACAACGGCAACAACAAUCCCAUAUGUGAUGUGAUUUCUAGUAUUCCAGCUGGUGUUUCGUCCACCUACGCUUGUAAGAAUAUGGACGGUCAAUAUGUGAAUCUGAUCAUUCCUGGACAUUUAAGGAUUCUCACUCUGUGUGAGGUGGAGGUCUAUGGAGAAGGUCCUUGUUUGAAGCAGACGUUUGUGAAGAUAAAAUUGAAGUCCAGCUUGAGUCUGUCUGAAGCCGCAGCGAGAGUCCGGCUCCUGACGCAGCUGGAAUCUGCUCUGGCGAGAAGAGGGAUUUCUAACGUGACGCUGCGCUGGUCUCAACUGCCCAAACAGGAAGUGAUGCAGAAGGAAGCUGCACCUGCUCAAUGUGCUCAAAGAAAUGAUGUCGGGCAAACCUAAACACUCUUCAGAUCAGAUUUGAUGAUUUUUAUUGCUUGAAAGUUCUCCUCUUUUCCUAAUGAUGAACUAUUUACUGCAAUUUAGAAUUUACUUAUUUUUUAU